AUGUCCGAGGAGCUGGCCCAGGGUCCUAAGGAGGGCCCUCCGGCCCCACAGCCAGCCCCCCGCGAGGUGUGGAAGAAGGGCGGCCGCCUGCUGUCCGUGCUGCUGGCCGUGAACGUGCUGCUCUUGGCCUGCACGCUCAUCAGCGGCGGCGCCUUCAACAAGGUGGCCGUGUAUGACACCGACGUGUUUGCCCUGCUCACCACCAUGAUGCUGGCCGCGGCUCUCUGGAUCCUCUUUUACCUGCUGCGCACGGCGCGCUGCCCAGACGCCGUCCCCUACCGCGACACGCACGCAGGCCCCAUCUGGCUCCGAGGCGGACUGGUGCUGUUUGGCAUCUGCACUCUCGUCAUGGAUGUCUUCAAGACCGGCUACUACUCCAGUUUCUUUGAGUGCCAGUCAGCCAUCAAGAUCCUGCACCCCAUCAUCCAGGCUGUUUUUGUCAUCGUCCAGACUUACUUUCUCUGGGUCUCUGCUAAAGACUGCAUCCAUGCCCACCUGGACCUGACCCGGUGUGGUCUCAUGUUCACGCUCACCACCAACCUGGCCAUCUGGAUGGCGGCCGUCGUAGAUGAAUCUGUCCACCAAGCCCACUCCUACGGCAGCUCCCACAGCAACGCCAGCCAUGGCCGCCUCACCCUUGACCCGGAGCGUGCAGGCAGCUCCGUCGGAGGGGAGCCCUGUCCCUGCGACACAGCCGUGUGUCAGAUCUUCCAGCAGGGCUAUUUCUACCUGUAUCCUUUCAACAUUGAGUACAGCCUCUUCGCCUCCACCAUGCUCUACGUCAUGUGGAAGAACGUGGGCCGGCUGCUGGCCUCCUCCCACGGCCACGGCCACACGCCCACCCGGGUCAGCCUCUUCCGGGAGACCUUCUUCGCGGGCCCCAUCCUGGGCCUGAUGCUCUUCGUGGUGGGGCUGGCUGUCUUCAUCAUCUAUGAGGUCCAAGUGAGUGGGGAGGGCGGCCAGACCCAGCAGGCCCUGGUCCUCUACUACAGCUUCAACAUCGUCUGCCUGGGCCUUAUGACCGUGGUCAGCCUGGGCGGCUCAGUCAUCUACCGCUUCGACCGCCGCGCCAUGGACCACCACAAGAACCCCACACGCACCCUGGACGUGGCCCUGCUGAUGGGGGCCGCCCUGGGCCAAUACGCCAUCUCCUACUACUCCAUUGUGGCGGUGGUGGUGGGCUUGCCCAGGGACCUGCUGGGGGGCCUCAACCUGGCCCAUGCUUUGCUCCUCAUCGCCCAGCACACCUUCCAGAACGUGUUCAUCAUUGAGAGCCUCCACCGGGGACCACCUGGGGACGAACCUCAGGCCACGCCCCCCAAGGAGCCCUGCCACGGCCUGACUUUUGCCAACCUGGAUGCCCUGCACAGCUUGCCUGCCUGCCCACCCACUCCCAGGCUGGUGGAUCCCCACCCUGCAAGCCCCCAGGAAGCAAUGGCCAUCAUCUUGGCCCCCCGAGGCCACUGGAGACGUCGGUGCCUGAAGGACAUUUCUUUGUUUCUCCUGCUCUGCAAUGUCAUUCUGUGGGUCAUGCCCGCCUUCGGCGCCCGCCCGCACUUCAGCAACACCGUGGAGGUCGACUUCUACGGCUAUGCCCUCUGGGCCGCCAUCGUCAACAUCUGCCUGCCGUUCGGCAUCUUCUACCGCAUGCAUGCCGUCUCCAGCCUGCUAGAAGUCUAUGUGUUGUCCUGA